AUGGAAGGAACUCGCUUGCUCGAGACUAUUGUCACGUCACACCUGGAUGCAUCAUUGAACGUCAUUUUCUCCGGUUGGAAAGACAACGGCCUCGAGUCGCACGUUGGCGCCUUCCUUGUCCAGCCGUUCCUCAACUCCAUCUCAGACAAGAUGUCGCAGUUGCGACAGGCUGAACACCAAAGGGCUGAGUUACUCAACCUAUCUCGCUGUCUUUUUGAAAAUAGCAGUCGAAAUGUGGGAAUAUGCCGUUCAAUGAAAUUACAAGACUUUAUCGAACAAUAUACCGGUUUAAAUCUGCGCUGGGAAUCGUUGGGGGUGGUAUUGACUCUUGCUGGAUGUGCGGCGUUUUGCGAAGCACUAGAUGUGCUCAACGAUAUUCAUAUUAUAUUUCUCUACCAAACUUUCCAGUUCCAGUCGGUCCUUUACGGUGACCAAAGUUUCAAAACAUGGAAUCGGCUUAAUGACGCUGCCGGUGCUCUGUUAGCUGCGGGACUUCACGAGGACUUCCAAGACGGUCAAGAUUCCCCAUUCUUCCUGGAAGAGAUCCGCAGACGCGUCUUCGCCCGUCUUUAUGGAAUCGAUAUCAGCUUGGCCACAUUCCUCGGGAGGCCACCACGUAUGAGUAGAAGGUUCUGUUGUAUUAAUCUACCACUUGAUAUUGAUGAGGGCACAUACCACCUGAUAGGUGAUUCUCUGUGUAUCGAAUUGGAAAGCCUUGAUGAGGAUGGAUGGAACAAACUAGGCCGCAUUCGCAUGAGCGCCGUCAUGCGAUGGUCCACCCUCACCGCGAUGAUCCGUGAAGAUACUUUAGAAUUGCUAUUGGGGCGGAAGGUAAUGGAUAUAACACAGCGAGUCACUAAGCUCCUUGCCUGGGUUAAUGAGGCAUUGGUUCACCGUGAACAGCUCCCAAAUCUUGGCUUCAUAUCUCUAGCGUGGAGAGUAGCCUCGUGUGCUCUUCCUGCAGCAGGAGCUCUUGCGCUCUACCUUCUACAGCCAUCCACUCAGUCUCGCUUCAAAGCCUUGGAUGUGACAUCGCAACGCAAGACUAUUGAGAAUUUCUCUGUUCUCAUUGCGCAUAUGGAUAUUCUGCACAGUCCCAAUGAUGGCAAUUUCAAACUCUUUGGUCAGGCUAAACGGUCUUUGCAAUCUGUUCUAGAUAUUCUUCUGCAGACGUUGGGUGGAGAUGAACUCGAUGCACACACCAUACCUGCGUCAGCUGAGGUCACGUCCCUUGACUGGAUGAAUUCCGAUUACUGCGGGUUCAAUGGUGGUUUUUGGGUUAACUUUCCCGAUUGCUUGUAUAUUGGGGGCAGUGGUGAUACUGUCUUGGAAUGA